UGGGACCUUUAAACCAAUUAUAUUACACACUAAUUUCUAAGAUAAAAAACAUUUUAGUUAUAAGUAUUACAGGUAUUAGUAUUUUAUACAGUACUAUGGUACAAAUGCACUAUUAUUAAAGACCACGAGUUUUGAGUAUUUCAUCUCUCUUUACGAACAUGUCACCUAACACCACUGUCAAUAUAGCAACAGCUGAAAUCAUGCAUCAUGUUGUUCCAUGAAGACUCUAUUUGCAAUUAGACUACAUUGCCAAUGACCAAUACAUUGACCAAUAUGGGUGACAAAUAUCAGAUAUCAACGUUGGAAUUUAAAGAAACACAUUGAUGUGUCCAUUAAUGCUCUCACUCAUCACUGAUAUUUGAAAUGUCCUUCCUAACUGAAUUGCAGUUGAAACGCUGCAUUGCUGCAGCACCAAAUCUGAGUCUGACUGAUCCACAUUUGCUUGCAUUCCUGUUAUAAAGAAGUAACAACAGAAAAGAGCUCUGUCUCUUUAAAAAGGGGCCAGUCCUCAAAGAGCUCUGGUGUCAGAGGAAGAAGGAAGUCCUCUUUCCACUCGCAUGAAGAACGACAGAUAAAACUUUCCUCCUGCCAAAGUAGCAGGCAGGGAAGUUAGAGCAUUUCAGUUAAAGCAGGAAGUAAUAGUGCAGGAGAAGGCUGAAGAGAAUGUGAUGGCGACAGGAGAGCUGAACAUCAAUCACUACCCUGCGCGGAGGGCAGCCCAUGUGGUACAACACUACCUUAACACCCUCUACGGCUCUCCAUACAGGCUGUUGCAACUGCACAAAAUCCACAGAGGAAACGCAGAGGAUGUGUCAGACUCCGAAAGAAAGUAUGAGCUGGAGAUCUCAGUGCAGGAGCUGAUCGGCAAUACCACGGGCAAAUGCUCUGCAGAGAUUUUGUUUCCGAGGGGGGAACGGCAGCGCUCACCACAGGUCCAGGCCUCGUGUGAGGAGCUCCUGAAAAUCAACACUAAAGCUCAAGAAGAGGCCUUGUACCAACAGUACAAGAUGAACUCAGGCCUGCUGUCGGCACAGAAUCUCCCCGACAGCUACGGUCACAUUGAGCCUGACAUGAAGCCUUUCUGGCACCUCAGCAUCGUGGCCGCCAGCUUCGUCAUGCUGAAUGAGUCCAGUGAAAACACACUGUACAACAUGGCUCAGGUGGCCAACAUCACACAGCUGGCGACUGAGAACGACCAGCUGAAGUUCGACUGUCACAUACUGCUGCAUGAGAUGGUGUCCCAGGAAAUCAUUCACUGGAAGCUGCUGUUCACCUGGUCUCCUCCAGAUGGUGUUAAAGUGCUGCAGAUGGAACAGCUGCCACACCGCCACGAAGGGGAAAUACCUCCAAACACAAACUAAACUGCUGACAUUCGUCACACUGCUAUCACAACAUCUUGCUGCUUGACUGAAUGCUGCAAGUAAAAAGCCGUCAUAUAUAAUGAUGAUAUCCUUACAUUGUGCUACUUUUGUAGUACUUUUGGUUGCUGUUGUAUUUUAGCCUAAAUAAACUGUUUAUACAGACUAUUGCCUCA